UACAGAUCCCUUCGACGACAAUCUCACAAGUCGACAACACCCGCGCUACCGUCUUGACCGCGCCGCCUCCGUCAAGAUGAAGCUCAACAUCUCCUACCCGGCCAAUGGGUCCCAGAAAAUUAUCGAGAUCGACGAUGAGCGCAAGCUCCGUCCCUUCAUGGAGAAGCGCAUGGGCACCGAAGUUGCCGGCGACGCUCUCGGCGAUGAGUUCAAGGGUUACUUGUUCAAGAUCACCGGUGGAAACGACAAGCAGGGUUUCCCCAUGAAGCAGGGUGUCCUCCUCCCCACCCGUACCCGUCUCCUCCUCGCCGACGGCCACAGCUGCUACCGCCCCCGCCGCACCGGUGAGCGCAAGCGCAAGUCCGUCCGUGGUGCUAUCACCGGUCUGGACCUUGCCGUCCUUGCCCUGAGCAUCGUCAAGCAGGGUGAGGUCGAGCUCCCCGGUCUCACCGACACCGUUGUCCCCAAGCGUCUCGGCCCCAAGCGUGCCACCAAGAUCCGUCGCUUCUUCGGUCUCGACAAGAAGGACGACGUCCGCAAGUUCGUCAUCCGCCGCACUGUCACCAAGGAGGGCAAGCAGGAUUACACCAAGGCCCCCAAGAUCCAGCGUCUGGUUACUCCCCAGCGUCUCCAGCGCAAGCGCCAACGCGUUGCCAUCAAGCGCCGCCGCUCUGAGGCCGCCCGUGAGGCUGCUAACGACUACGCUAAGCUCCUUGCCAACCGUGUCCACGAGGAGAAGGCUAAGCGUGAUGAGCUCCGCAAGCGGAGAGCUUCUUCCAUGCGGAAGUAAACUUCCAAACCCGCGGUUUUAUGAUUUCGUUCUGCGGCGAUGGGGUUUAAUGGAGGAGCUUCACGUCUCUGGGAUGAUUUAAGGGGAAUUCACACAAAAAUGAAUCACUUCUCAGGGGCGCGAAGGAUACAUGUCUGAAAA